UCGCGGUCACUCAGAGCCAGGAGUUCGGCAUUCUAGCCCCGCCCCCCAGGCGGCUUGGCCAAUCCCCCGCGGCGGCGCAGGACGUCGCCCAGGAUCUGUCCCAGAGACGACGUGGUCCCAGGAGGCGCCACUGCCUGCCAUGGGCGUGCAGCCCCCCAACUUCUCGUGGGUGCUGCCCAGCCGGCUGGCGGGGCUGGCGCUGCCCCGGCUCCCCGCCCACUACCAGUUCCUGCUGGACCAAGGUGUACGGCAUCUGGUGUCACUGACGGAGCGCGGGCCCCCGCACAGCGACAGCUGCCCCGGCCUCACCCUGCACCGACUGCGCAUCCCAGACUUCUGCCCGCCGGGCCCAGAGCAGAUCGACCGCUUCGUGAAGAUCGUCGACGAGGCCAACGCCAGUGGUGAGGCGGUGGCAGUGCACUGUGCCCUGGGCUUUGGCCGCACUGGCACCAUGCUGGCCUGUUACCUGGUGAAGGAGCGGGGCCUGGCUGCCGGAGACGCCAUCGCUGAGAUCCGGCGCCUUCGACCCGGCUCCAUCGAGACCUAUGAGCAAGAGAAGGCGGUCUUCCAGUUCUACCAGCGAACGAAAUAAGGGGCCUCCGUACCCUUCUACCAGGCCCCCGCGGCCCUGAUCUGUGCGUUAGAUGGGGCCAGAGACGCAGAAGUGGACUAAGAGUGCUAAGCUCUCCAGUACCUAGCUGGCUCAAGAGACUGAAGGAGCCCUUCCCUGCAGGCAGGACCUGGUAGGAGGAAUGGCUGGAGCUGCACUGAUGUUGGGGGUCCCUCUGCUGCUGCUUUGAAUAAAUAACUUAAAGAACA